UAUCGUUAAGCUUCUCUUUCAUAUGUAAGCUUUCUUUCUUCCUCCAUUGAAAGAGAGAGACACGUCCAAUUUGUUAAAACAUUUUAUUGAUUCUCUGCAUUUAAACAAAUUGAAAGAGAGAGAGAUGAGGCAUUGGAGUCAGGUGGUGUUCUUGGUUCUGUUAUUGAUCCGGGUAGAAGCACAAGAUGGGUUCAUCAAAACCAGUGGAAUACAUUUCAUGUUGAACGGUAGUCCUUACUACGCAAAUGGGUUCAAUGCAUACUGGUUAAUGUAUGUAUCCACUGACCCAACUCAGAGAGACAAAGUGUCCUCUGCUUUUCAACAAGCUUCAAAUCAUGGCCUCACUUUGGCAAGAACUUGGGGAUUCAGUGAUGGUGGAUACAGAGCCCUACAGUACUCCCCUGGCUCCUACAACGAGCAAACAUUUCAGGGGUUGGAUUUUGUUGUAUCUGAAGCAAAAAGAUAUGGGAUUAAGCUGAUCUUGAGUUUGGUAGAUAAUUACGAGAAUUUCGGAGGGAAGAAGCAGUAUGUGGAUUGGGCAAGAAGUCAGGGGCAGAACUUAGCAUCUGAUGAUGAUUUCUUUACCAAUUCUGUGGUUAAGGGAUAUUACAAAAACCAUAUCAAGACUGUUCUUACAAGGCGUAACAGCAUCACCGGGGUUGAGUACAAGGAUGACCCAACGAUAAUGGCUUGGGAGCUUAUGAAUGAGCCUAGGUGCACUUCUGAUACCUCAGGAAGUACCAUUCAGGGUUGGAUUACGGAAAUGGCUUCAUACUUGAAAUCCAUAGACAGUAAUCACUUACUAGAAGCUGGUCUGGAAGGAUUUUAUGGGCAAUCAGGUUCUCAGAAACAACAAUUCAAUCUGAAUUUCCAAGUAGGAACCGAUUUUAUUGCAAAUAAUCAAAUCCCCGGCAUAGAUUUUGCUACAAUUCAUUCAUACCCUGAUGCAUGGUUACCUGGAACAAGUGAGGACAACCAGAUUUCAUUUUUGAACAAUUGGGUCAACACUCACAUUCAAGACGCGCAAAACAUACUAGGAAAGCCACUUCUUGUCGGUGAGUUUGGAAAAUCAUGGAAAGAUCCAGGUUUUGACACAAAACAAAGGGACGUUUUGUUCAAUACAGUCUACUCAGCAAUCUAUUCGUCUGCUAGUGGUGGAGGAGCAGCUGCCGGAGGAAUGUUCUGGCAACUUCUAACUGAAGGAAUGGACUCUUUCCGUGAUGGGUAUGAGAUAGUUUUGAGUGAAAGCACUUCAACAGCAAGUCUGAUUGCUCAACAGUCGCAAAAACUCAGGAAGAUUCGAAAGAUGUAUGCUAGGCUGAGGAACGUUGAGAUAUGGAGGAAAGCAAGGGAUAUGAACAAGAGGGGCAAUACUGGAAACUGAAAACCGUGUAGUAGUAAUCUAAAAGUAUACAAAGCUAAUGCUACAUUACUGUUGAGGAUUUUCAAUUUUAAUGCUAUCUUAUAGAUUCAUAUGUUUAUACAAGAGAGAAGAUUGAUGAGUUUGUGUA